GCUUGACAUUGACAUACCUUAACUAACACAACGUAUUAUUGUUCUGUGAACACAACAUAGGCCGAGUGAAGCAUAAUAGAAUAUCAUUUACUGCAUUUGUAUGCCAUAAUUUUGUUUGUUUAAUGUUUAAAUAGCAUAACAUAACAUUAACUGAUUUGCUGCCAUGGCUGGGCAAGGCCACCAGUUUCCUGGUAAUUUCCAAGCCAAUCCUGGCGCAAUGAGGUCCGGCUUUGGCACUGGACCUAUGGGAGCUCAAAUGCAAGGAAUGCCGAAUCAGCUUGGAGGAGUCAUGGGUGGUCCGAUGGCAAAUACAGGUGGAAUGGUGGGAAUGGGAAAUCAAAUGGUCACACCAUAUGGUGCAGCUAUGCAAAAUCAAAUGGGCAACAUGGGUAUGGGCUCUCAGAGCAUGGGUGUGGGUGUUGGUGGUGCACCUGGUGGUGGUUUAGGACCACAAGCUGUACAGCAACCAGGUGGUAUGCAGCCGACUGGUACGGUGGCAGCGGCAGUGCCGGCUGCGCCUGCUGCCCCCCCGCCACAGAACAAGGAGUUCAACACCGCCUCUCUCUGCAAAUUUGGUCAAGAAACAGUACAAGAUAUCGUCAGUAGAACACAAGACGUUUUUCAGACUUUAAAGGCUAUUCAACCGCCCAACGGUACACAGCACGGCGAAAACGCCAGUAAUGACAAGAAAGCUAAAAUGCAAGAACAACUCCGCACGAUCCGCUUACUGUUCAAACGGCUGAGGCUCAUCUACGAGAAGUGUAACGAAACUUGCCAGGGUAUGGAGUACACACAUAUGGAGAGCCUCAUUCCUCUGAAAGAUGAAGCGGAGAACAAGACAUUAGACGAGAGACGGAAUACAGAAUCUUACAGACUUGCUCUCGAGGAAAACAGAGAACUCACAGAACAGGUGGUGUUAAAAAAUAAACAGUUGAAGGAAGUGAUAACUAAUCUAAGAACUAUUAUUUGGGAAAUCAACGUAAUGUUAACUAUGAGGCGGUCUUAGUAAGUUAAGUAUUAGUGUUAGAGAAAAGUUUUAUUAUUGUCAUACAAAAUAUUGAUGCUAUUUUUUAUAUUGUUUUACACGAUGUUUAGUAGAAAUAACACUAAAUCUGACAUACUGUAUUUUUAAGGGUGUUUAUACAAUACAGGGGGCCAAUUCUACUAAACAAAUUUUGUUCAAAUCGAAUCGAAAACGGAUCGAAACCGAACGAAACUACAGUUUUUAAUGGUUUUCCUAUUCUACUUAGUAACAUACGAUACAAUUCCAGCUAAAAUAGAACUAAAAUUUAUUUAGAGAAUUGGCCCCCUGGUCUGCAUGUCAGGUCACCACUAUAUGUUAAAUAUCUGCAAUGGACCUUGACCGCUACCAGCAAUGGAUUAAGGUUUAAACUUGAGUUGGGAAAUUUGACAGUUAUGUAUAGUCUGACGAGUAGUUGACUGCACCUGUAAAGAAAAGAGAACCCUUACGAUAUUGCUUCCUUGCCGACUGUUUGUGAAGGUUAGAAACGCGCGGAUAUUCUUAAAUUUAUAGCAAAUGUAAUGUAUGUGAACCAAGAUGUAGGAAACAUAGUUUUUAAGAGGACGCAUAAUUGAAAUUACUUAUAUCAAUUGAGAAAGCUACUUCACAUUGCUCAGAAAGCACGAGGCCAAAAUAUGAUAUAAAAAGUUAUCUUUACCAACGAUAUAAUUUAUUGUUGUUGUUAUUAGGCAUAUUCUUUUUUAUAAAUUAGAAACUUGAGAUUCGAUUUUUGUUUAAAUACUUUUUGAUUAAUCAAGAAUCUUUUUGAUCCUUAUUUUCAGCGUUAUACGUCAUUAAUUCAUCAUCCACUGGUCUUCCAUUCACAGAUCUCGUGAUUUCAUUUAAAUUUUCAUCAGCAUUAUGCGCACUCUUAAGACAAUUCAAUCAAAACAGUCUUUUAAGUUGUAACGUCAAAGCUACAUUUUAUAGAUUUUUUAAUAAAGUAACAAUUAUUUCUAAAUUACACAAAGCACAAAACUCUCAAAUCACUGAAUGUAGACUAUUACACCAUUUUCAGAAUUCAAUAACUUAUUCAUACCAUUGAUAUAGAAUGUUGAAAAUCAGCUUAUAUUUCAUGAUUUUGGAGAUGUUAUAUUGAGUUAUGUUAAUAAAUAUGGUUAUAUAAUAAUAAUUACAAUAAAAUAUAGUGCUACCACAUGUAUUAUUAUAUUAUGAUAUGUGACACUAUAGUAAAGAGAAGUAAUUACUUGAGAAAAUGUCGUAAUUGAGAAAAUUAAAGCCGAGUAUUUUUGUUAAUUUACCGUUUUCUAAUAACGCAAGUUUGCAAGUUUGUACGAAGUUCUAGGUGCACGAAACAGGUUUACGUUUUUAGAAAAUGGGAAUUGUAUCGAAUACGCUAUUCUUUGACAAAGUAAAAUAUAACUUGUCUGGAUUAUGCGAAUACUGCGUACGCCACAGAAAUAUUAUAGAUUAUAUUGGUUAUAAGGCGGCCAAAUCGUGUUUUAGUGAAGUGAACCACUUCAUUUUUGUAGAUAUUUAAUAAUAAAAAAUAGGAAAUAUUGGCACGGUGGUCCCGCCUUCUGGUCAUUCGAUCUUGAUUUAUUUCUGUGGCGUACUUAAUAUGUUCUUAAAACCUAGUGUUACUGUACUUAUUUCAUUAUUUUUCUCCAUAUUUAUUGUAACUAGCGUUUUCUUAUUUUCAGUCUACAUUAAUCCUAUUUCAUUGAAGUCGUAUACCGUGAUGACUGUAAUUAUGUUAAAUAAUAAUAUUUUUUUGUUAUUAAAAGAAAUGUUAUGUGUAAAUAUAGUGCGUUGUGUGAUUGAGAAUGUUCAAGAUAGAGUAAAAGAGUAAAUAAGUAUUAUUCAAAUGGUGAGUGUAAUGUAAUUUAAUAAUAAAAAUAAAAUAAAGAAUUGAGUUGU